AUCCAGUUAUGGAUGGAUUUGCAUUUCUAUUAGGAAAUUCUUGGACCUGCCCAUGAUAGGCAGACCCAUUUGGUACUGGGUGAGGCAGGCAGUCCUAUAAAGAGACUCUCAGUGUUUGGGUGCAGUAUCCGUGGGACUCAAGCACUGAUCUACUCCGGAGAAACUGAUCCUGAGCCUUCAGCACGAUGUCUUACCAACAGCAGCAGUGCAAGCAGCCCUGCCAGCCUCCUCCUGUGUGCCCACCUCCAAAGUGCCCUGAGCCUUGUCCUCCUCCAAAGUGCCCUGAGCCCUGUCCUCCUCCAAAGUGCCCAGAGCCUUGUCCUCCUCCACAGUGCCCUGAGCCAUGCCCCCCUCAGUAUUGGCAGCAGAAAUGCCCUCCUGUGCAACCUCCUACACCUUGCCAGCCGAAGUGCCCACCCAAGAACAAGUGAGUGCUUCAGGAGUCACCAGGAACAGGGCAAAUGAAGAAAAUCUGUUUCUUCUACUUCCCGAGAACCCCCUCUUCCUUUCAAAGCCUGUCAUGGAUGCAGAAGAAUCUUCCCCACUACUCACCCUCCAUGUGCCCUGAUAGAGAAGGUGUUUCUCUGAGGCUGUUUCCCUGCUCUUCCCAAGGGGCUGAUGAGAAUGCCCUUCCUCAACGUUUCAGUGUCGUAGAUGCUCGGAGGGAGGAGCAGCAGCUCUCUAUCUACCCUGUGCCCUCCUGUUUCACUUCCUGAAUAAAGCACCCUUUUGCUGAUGAUCUAAAUAAAUACUUCUUCCUUGCAAAAAAAAUG